AUGGACAAACGCCUGCUCUCCCGCGAAGACGAAGCCGCAACCGACACGCAGGUGACGCGAGCGGACCAGGACAGGAUCAACCGCUUCUCCACGCUUCACCAGAAGCAAGGGCUGCUUCGCGAGGAGCUUGAGGCCAAACACCAAGAGAAGGAGUACCUGACGGACGUAACCUCGGAGCUCGAGCUCGCGGACGAAGACGAGCUAGUGCCGUACAAGAUCGGCGACUCGUUCCUGCACCUGCCGCUCGAGGAGGUGCAGCAGCUGCUGGAAAAGAGCACGGAGCGCAUCGAGAAAGAGAUUGGUGCGAUUGAGGAGAGGAUCAGCAAACAUCGGGAGACGAUGGAGGAGCUGAAGGUCGAGCUGUACGCGAAGUUUGGGAAGGCAAUAAAUCUCGAUGUAUAG